CGCUCGACGGAACAUUUCUGUUGUCAGGAUAAGGUUGUUGAUCAGUUCACUUCCUCGGCAAUUCUCAAAGAGGUUCUCAUCUGCUCAGUUUAGUGUUUUUGAGGUAGAAUACAACAGCAAUCAUGGCUGAGACACCUUCAUAUGCAGGAUUCUUUGGCGUUAUGGGCGCAACAUCCGCCAUGGUGUUCAGUGCCUUGGGAGCUGCUUAUGGCACAGCCAAGAGUGGCACGGGUAUCGCCGCCAUGAGUGUGAUGAGACCUGAGCUGAUCAUGAAGUCGAUUAUUCCAGUUGUCAUGGCUGGUAUCAUUGCAAUUUAUGGCCUUGUGGUGGCUGUACUUAUUGGAAACGGACUGAGUGCCACCGACUACAGUCUGUUCAAGAGCUUCACGGAUUUGGGAGCUGGCCUCAGCGUCGGUCUCAGUGGACUUGCAGCUGGAUUUGCUAUUGGAAUCGUUGGCGACUCUGGCGUGCGUGGCACUGCACAGCAGCCCAGACUCUUCGUCGGUAUGAUCCUCAUUCUCAUUUUCGCCGAAGUCUUGGGUCUGUACGGUCUCAUUGUCGCUCUGAUCUUGUCCACCAAGGGCAAGUAAGCCUGCUAUUUGAUACGUUCUUCUCAUUUUCUAAUUCUGUUAUCUCUGUUUCAUCUCCUUUCUCUCUUGCUGAUUUUCCGCUGAUCUGUUUCUCUCUGUCUAUCUCUGCUCUUGAUCUUUGAGUCUUCUUCUCAUUCUGACUGAAGUGCUUUUGUCACACAAACGUAGUGCUUCUCCUAUCCGUGCUUGCGCAGAUAGUGGUUCCGCAUUGUUUUCCCUUUAGAGAGAGCUUGUGUGUGCACGUCUCUCCCUCUGCCUGUGAGCGUGCACACGCCGCAUAGUCUCUGGCCGUACGUACGCAAACAAUCUCCACGCACGCUCUGACUUGACAGUUUGCGUGAGCGCUAUUAUCCAUUGCUUGGCUGAUGUAAUCAGUAAUCACUUAGAUGCCGCUACCCUAUUCUCCUUUUCCCGGCCUUGUGUUCCACUUCUCGUCUAUAUUUCCGCAGCAAAUUGUCUCUUCUCUAUGCUGGUGUAGUGUGUGUGUGUGUGUGUUUUAAUACCGGUUGCAUAGCUUUCUCUCAAUCUGUGCUCACUGCCUAUGCUAUUAGAAUACUUUUCAGACCUGCUUUGUAUUCAGAAGGUAAUGUUUAUUUCUGUAAUAAUCAUGGUGCGUUUAUAAUUUAGCACUUGCAGUCAAUAUUUUUAUCAAUAAAAAGUUGAAAAAUAACUAAAACUA